ACCAGUGUUGGGUGUGACUGAUAUUAAAUUCAUCCAAGACCCCUCGAACCCUCUUGUGUACAGAAGUCGAUAGCCUCAUCGUGCAGAAAGGUUUUCAAGAAGUGAGACAAGACCGUCAAGCUCGCGGCAAAGAUCAACAUGUCGGGGCUACCCACAACCACGAAGUCGUGGCAGUACGCCAGCGUUGCAGGAGGCCUAGAAUCGCAAUUGCAACUCAAGGAUGUUGCUAUACGAAAGAUCAAGCCCAAUGAGCACCUCAUCCGCAUUUUGGCUACGUCCCUGAAUCCUGUGGAUUACAAGGUUGCGGAAGCACCAAUCGUUGGCGGCAUCCUUGUUCGCAAACCCGCAGUGCCCUGCUAUGACAUUGCCGGAGAGAUUGUACAGGCAGCGUCGGGCUCGAAACUCCAACCAGGCCAACUUGUCUUUGGUGGCACCGGUGGAUCUCCGUUCGCUGGCGGCGGCUUGACCGAGUAUGUCGUUGCUCCAGCCAAUCAAAUCAUCGCCGUCCCAAAGGGAAUCUCAGCAGUUGAAGCUGCAUCAAUCCCCAUUGCUGGCAUCACCGCGUAUCAGAGCAUUAAGCCUCACAGCAAGGAAGGCGACAGGAUUCUGCUCAACGGCGGUUCCGGCGGCGUCGGACUCUUCGGCAUCCAAAUCGGCAAAGCUCUCGGCCGCCACGUCACCGUGACAUGUUCCACCCGAAACAUUGAACUGUGCAAGGCCGCCGGGGCGGAUGUCGUCGUAGACUACACCAAGGGUGACCUCAUCGACAACCUGAAAGCCCUAGGCCAGCCCUUUGAUCUCGUCAUCGACAACGCAGGCAGCAACCACGACCUCUACUGGAAGUGCGACCAGUUCACGACCGCGGACGCCAAAUACGUGAACGUCGCCUCGAGCCCGGCGUGGAAAGACGUUUCCUUUAUGCUCAAAGCCAAUGCUGUGCCUUCCUUCCUAGGCGGACAAAAGCGGAAAUUGCAGGGUCUCUUUGCGCAGCCCAUUGAGGCGGACCUACAGCAGAUUAUAGACUGGAUGCAGGAAGGCAAAGUCAAGGCUCAUAUCGACUCGACAUUCAGUAUGCAACAGGCGCCUGAUGCCUUCCGCCAACUCAAGACGGGUAGAAGUCGAGGCAAGGUUGUGAUUCAAGUCGCUGAGCCCAAGUCGGAAGCGAAUUGAAGAUGCGUGCCAAGUCACUGACAGGAGAGGGUGGUUUGUAUUUUCUGCUGCUUGACCACGUCGUGUUCCGUCGUGGUCAGGGCAAUUGUAUAUCCAAUAGUCACGUUUAAUCAGGUUGCAAGAAUCAUAAAGAAUAAAUAAUAUAUCCUUUGCUUUGACU